CAGUAAACAAUGAUCAAUGCAACCAUUUUAAGUGUAUUUUCCUUAUCAGGAUUAAAUGACAUGACGACAAAGCACAGAGUCACUCUUUUCUCUUUCACCUUGUUGUGUUACAGUGUGAUUUUGCUUGUAAACGGUGCUCUGAUUGUUAUUAUCAUACUGGAGGCAAAACUUCAUGAACCCAUGUACAUCUUCCUAUGUAAUUUGUGCAUUAACAGUCUUUAUGGGACAUCAGCCUUUUACCCCAAAUUCCUUUUUGACCUAUUGUCUAACACUCAUAUUAUAUCUUAUACAGGUUGCCUGUUGCAGGUAUUUGUUAUAUACUCCUAUAUAUCAAGUGAUUUUUCUGUUCUAGCCCUGAUGGCCUAUGACCGAUACAUGGCUAUAUGUCGACCACUGGAGUAUCACUCUGUUAUGACUAAACAUAGGGUUAUGUUGUUGGUGUUUUUCUCCAGACUUGUACCUCUCCUCUGUCAGACUAUUGUGAUGGUAAUGACCUCUAAACUGGAAUUAUGUGGCUUGCACAUAGAAAAACUUUAUUGUGAGAACUGGUCAAUCCUCAAACUGUCCUGCAAUUCAGUAACAACAAAUAAUAUUGUCGGCUUUAUCGUCAUAUUUUUGUACUUUGGCCAUGCAUUCCUGAUAUACUGCUGCUUCUACCUGGUCGCACAUGUGUUGACAACACCUUUACACAGCAGAACAUGUUAA